UAAUGUAUUUUCUUGAUUAUUUAAUUUCAUAUUUAAGACAAGAAAAGAAAUAACGAAAGAGUCAAUUUUUUGGAGCUUUCGAUUGUUUAUUGCCGAAGCUGAGCCUUUGCUUACCAUGUAAAACACCCCUCCGAUUACAAAGACUCCACUUUUCGAUUCUGAUCUGUAAAGACAUCUACUGAAAUCCUCAGAAUUCUGCAAAUCACAGGGGUACUAAGAGGAGUAAAAUAGAAGUGAAGACAUUGAACCUGCCUGAUACAUCUCCUCCAAAAACAGAUGGAUCAAAAUCCAAAUGUUAAGGAGGCAGAAGGACUGAGGAAUGGGGUUGAGUUGGUGAGAUCGGGGUCUGAUAAGCAUCUUGAUCGCUUACGACCCUCAUCUCGAUAUUAUUCAAUGUUUAAAGGGCAAGCAGUAACAGAUGCUGCAGAUUGGGACAAGGGCAAAUAUUCUCUGAUCAGAGACAUAGAGGACUUACAGAGCGGGCUAUACGAUAAACCCCUCCCUUGCUUUGGCUGUGGAGUUGGAUGGUUUUCUUUUCUUUUUGGCUUUUUGUGCCCACUCAUGUGGUACUAUGGCACAUUCCUGUAUUUCGGCAAUCACUACCGCAAGGAUCCCCGAGAGCGAGCUGGACUAGCAGCCUCUGCCAUUGCUGCACUAGCUUGCUCUGUUAUCAUGUUGACUAUUGUAGUUAUGCAGCUAUUCUAGCAAAUUAUCAGUCCAAUCCUAUUUUGCUCCCAACGCCUUUGCAAACAUCAAGAAAGCAAAGUCACAUUGGAGGAGACAAUUUAGACAAUGAGUUCAUGCCAGGAGAAGGAAAUAGAUAAUGGAAAAAUUUGUAAAGACACCAAAAUAGUUACCAAAAAUUGAGAUUUGUCACAUGUGUAUACCGACAGCUUCGAUUAUGAGUACUCUUGUUUGGUUUACCCUCUCUUUUUCUUACUUUAUAUGAUUGUCAUUGACUCAUAUAUAUAUAAGAGAAAAUCUCUGUUAAUGUUACAA